AUGCCCUCCGCGCGUACAAAAAAAGAACCAAACUCGCCCACACCCCCUUCUGACGACCCCAGUCCCAAGGACGCGUCCGAAAACAGCAAGAUCAAGAGAAAGCGGCAAUCCCAGAGCUGCGAUGCCUGUCGUGCGCGCAAGGUAAGGUGUGCGCGCGACAACCCAGACGAUCCCAAGGGAUCCUGCAAGCAUUGCAUCACCCUCGGUAUUCCCUGCACCUAUGACUACCAGCCCAAGAAGAGAGGGCCUCCCAACCUUUACCUUCGCAGACUCCAAGAGGCGGCAGCGGCAGCGGCCGCCGCGCAGCAAGAAAAUCACAGUGGGUCCGAGCACCCUCAGUCCCCAUCCUCGACGUCCCAGAGCGCGACGAGCCCUACUCAGGCUGCGCUUUCACCCUCCGCCCCGGUUCCCGCAUUCCUGGAGCCUCCUCUCAACGGGCUUAACGGUGUGCCGUCCGUGUCAGCGCUCCCGCCUUCGCGCUACCCCAUCGCGGCGGAUGGCUUCCACUCCCAGUUCCCACCGCUGUCGAUGUCCGUUCCGUCCUCAUUCGGCAAUUCGCGUCUGCCUGAGCACGGUAUGUCCAAUGGUCUGUCCGCGCGCUCGCCGCAGCGGCAGGACGAUUCGCAGCCGUUUGGGUCGCCCUCCGACCAAUUCAGCACGUACCCGCUCCACAACUGGUCGUACAAGCAGCACCAAGCGCUGUCCGUGCUUCCACCCUCAGCAAUUCCCCCGCUCUCGUACUAUUACCGCCCGCACCGGCUGGAAGACGUUGCGCCGCGCGAUACUAUGCUCCUCAUCAUUGCACUCUUCUUCGACUUUGUAUACCCACUAACGCCGUGCGUGCACAAGCCGUCGUUUAUGGCGGACGUGCACGCGCGGCGAGAGGAGCGAGACCCGCUCUUCUUCGCGCUCGUCAUGUCCACGGUAGCGUCCACUCUCGUGCAGGUCCCGAGGUCCUACCUCCCUAUGGAGCGGCAUGCGGUCCGGAAGCUCGCGCAGACUUGCCAUGAGGCCAGUCGGCACAUCUCGGUCGCGUCCUACGACCCUCCAACCUCAAUGCACGUCGUCAUCCGGUACUUUGACUGCGUGUAUCAUUUCUGCGAAGGCCACGACGCAACGCAGCACGCGGCCUUUGGCGAAGCAGCACACAUCGCUGUGACCCUUCGAAUGCACGAGGAAUCGUCGUACGAAGGGCUCGAUCUUAUCGAGUGCGAAGUUCGUCGAAGGACGUUUUGGUUGCUAUUUGGGGCGGAUAAAUCCAUGUCCAUCCUCUUGGGCCGCCCGAUCUGCCUCCGAGACGAGGACACCACGUGUAAUUUUCCACGAGAGCUCGACGACGAAUACAUCACGCCGAGUGCAUACCUCCCGCAACCACACGGGAAGACGGCUAUUGUGUCCGGGCUCAACUACAUCUCACGCAUCUUCGCCCUUCUGGGCGAGAUCCUCGUUCGGAUUCGGGUCGACAAGCGUUCUCCGCCCCAAGGGCAGUUCCUCACGGCACGCCUGGAGGAAGUGCAGGCACUCCACUCCCGCAUUGUCUCUGCGCUCGCACACACGCCAGAGCCGCUUCGUCUCAAGCACGCGCACUCACAGUCGCACCUCCCGGCGGAGUACGGAGGCGCGGGCUUCCGCCAGGCUGCGUUCACGGAGGUCAAGGACUUCUUCGACAACCCGAAUGCGUCGCGGGCGAACGCCCUGAACCCUUUCCUGGUCAUGCAGGCCAACCUGUACGUGACGCAGCAAUUGGUCCGCUUCGUGAUCGAACAGUACCGGGACGAGUUGAUCACCUCACUUCAAGGGAGCGUUGAUGAACACAGAGUGGCAGAGGAUCGCGAAGCGGUGGCGAGUGAUCUACUGAACAUCCUCCACAGCAUCCCGAUACAAUCCAUCGCCACGAACGGGCCCUCUCUGGUGCACAAGGUCCGAUUCGUUGCCUCCACUUUGCUGGACGCGGUGCGGAAGGCGGAGACUGCGCCCGCUUCUGCGGCACGCGCACAUGGAUACCUUUGGGACUUCCUGUCUAUCUUGUCGGAGAUCGAACGCAACUAUCUAUUGGACGACGACCGGGACGGAACGUCAAACGAUCCCGGCAUGCCGCUGAUGGGCAACUGAGGCUCCAGUGCCGGCCCAUGUGCCGUUCUGCCAUUUCCCCUUCGCCCUUCUUGGCCGUUUAAGCCUGCGCAGACGAUGAUCGUCGCAUUCCUUGUGGUUCCUUCCUUCUUGUUUGGUAUAGGUAUAGGAUGUAUCGGACGACCCCCGGGCGUCGUAGGACGCUCGGAACGACGUUGUGGCACCAGGGAGCGGGACGGCCACGCUUACUCUGCGGAGGUCGCUCCCGGACAGUCUGAAUUGGAGCUCUGCUAUGCUAUCUUACCAUCGGUGUAUUCUCUAGUGCUGUUGUACUCGCUCGAAGGUCAUCGUGCGUUGUUGUAUCAUAUCUAUUCAUACUCGCCAAUCAUGCAUUGGUCUUGGCUCCAUUC